UGUGGGGGUGGGAUCUGUCCCGGGUCUCCCACCCCGUGGUGACGUCCGUGCUGUCCUCUUCUCCGCAGACUGGGCGCUGUGGGCAGGCACCGCGUGUGAGCGAGCGCACGGCAGCGAGAGCCUGGGCCACGGCGGGGGACGCCUCUCCGGGGAGAAGUGCACGCUGCGCUGCAGCCCGGGGCAGCCCCUGUGGCCCUUCCCCUCGCAGCCCUGCUGCAGCCGCAGUUGUCGCUGGGGGAGCCGGGCGGGCGCGCGGGCUCCAGGCAGCAGCUGCGGGGCAGGACACAGCCCUCGUGUCGUCCAGCCCAGGACCAGGCAUGCGUCCCCGCAGCCCCUGGUACCACGGGGGGCAGGAAAGCAGGUGCUGCAGGAGGAGCCGGCCCGACGCCGAUGCUGGGGGCUGCGGGCAGCAGGUCGUGCUGGCCAUGCAGCCCCCUGCUCCGGCCAGGCUCCCCAUGGAGACUCCCCAGCUCGCAGCGGGGCACGACCUGCCCGGCCCAGAGACCUGGCGGCAACGUUUCCGGGGCCUGGGCUACGGGGAAGCCGCGGGGCCGCGGGAGGUUUGCAGCCGCCUGCAGGAGCUGUGUGUGCUCUGGCUGGAGCCCCAGCGCCGCAGCAAGGAGCAGGUGCUGGAGCUGGUGGUGCUGGAGCAGUUCCUGGCCAUCCUGCCCCCGGAGAUGCAGAGCCGGGCACGGGGUCGUGGUGUGAAGACCUGCGCCGAGGCCGUGGCCCUGGCCGAGGGGUUUCAGCCGGGUCAGGGGGAGGAUGAGAUGCUGCAGGUCACAGUGAGGGUGAAGGUCGAGGAGGGGCCCUCUGACGAGAUGCAGCCCCCGGGGACACUGCAGAACCCUGGUGAUGCCUGGCCGGAGCAGCCAAAAGCCCAUUGUGAGGACAGGCCUCUGGAGGAGUCAGGACAGAGGGAAACCCCAGGGCCUUCAUACAAACCUCCUCACAUCCCCAUAGAGGAGCCGCUGCCCUCCCAAGAGUCAGGUGCUGGGACCCUGCAGAGAGCUGAGCAGCAGCCUGCUGAGGAGGGGCCGGUGAUCCUGGAGCUGCAGAGGACGUGCGCAGGGAGCCUGGAGGAGAGGAGCUCCCUGACCCCUGAGCCAGGCCAAGUGCAGAAGGGGCAGGGCAGGCCUCCAAAGCAGGAGGAGAGCUCGGAGCUCCAGGAGGUGUUUGAGGACGUGGCUGUGUACUUCACACGGAAGGAGUGGGAGCUGCUGGACGAUGAAGACAAGGUGCUUUACCAGGACCAGAUGCUGAAGAAUUACCAAGCCCUCGUUUCCCUGGGAUAUCAAGGUCCUACACCUGACUUAAUCAGCAGCAUCGAGCGAGGACAGGUGGAGCUCGGAGAAUGUGAUGAAGAGGACAGUGGGGAAAUCUCAAGGUCAGAGGAUGUGCUGCCAGGAGGUGCUAGGCUGCUGAGCAGAGCUGAGGAGCAGCCUCCUGUGGAAGGGUCUGCAGACCUGGAGCGAAAACAGCCUUCCCUAGGGAGUUUGGCCGAGAUGGACUCCCUGAGACCUGAGAAGGAGCCAUGGCAUGAAAGUCAGGAGAGGCCCCAAAAGCAGAAGCAGAAGGAGAAUCUAGCCAUGAGCCAGGACCGGUGCAUCCACCUAGGGAGGAAGACGCACCACUGCACUGAGUGCAGGAAGAAAUUCAUCUCCUUGCAAGACCUGUCCCAGCACAAGUGUGUGCAGCACCACUGCACUAAGUGUGGGAAGAGAUUCAGGCAGCUCUCUGACCUGACGAGGCACUGGUGCACACACACAAGAGAGAAGCCACAUCAGUGCUCGGAGUGUGGGAAGAGCUUCGCCUUCUCCUGCAGGCUGGCUCAGCACCAACAUAUCCACACAGGGGAGAAGCCAUAUCGGUGCUCAGAGUGUGGGAAGAGCUUCAGUCACUCUGCCAACCUAGCUCGACACCAGCGUAUCCACCCAGGGGAGAAGCCACAUCAGUGCAUAGAGUGUGGAAAGAGAUUCACUCAGGCCUCCAGCCUUGCUCUGCACCAGCAUACCCACACAGGGGACAAGCAACAGCAGUGUUCAGAGUGUGGGAAGAGCUUCACUUACUCCUCCCAGCUGGCUCUGCACCAGCAUAUCCACACGGGGGAGAAGCCACAUCAGUGCUCAGAGUGUGGGAAGAGCUUCAGUCACUCCGCCAACCUGGCUCGGCACCAGCGUAUCCACACAGGGGAGAAGCCACAUCAGUGCUUAGAGUGUGGGAAGAGCUUCACUCAUUCUUCCAACCUGCUUCAGCACCAGCGGAUCCACACAGGGGAGAAACCACAUCAGUGCUCAGAGUGUGGGAAGAGCUUCACUUCCUCCUCCCAGCUGGCUCUGCACCAGCGUAUCCACACAGGGGAGAAGCCACAUCAGUGCUCAGUGUGUGGGAAGACCUUCACUCAUUCCUCCAACCUGUCUCAGCACCAGCGUAUCCACACAGGGGAGAAGCCACAUCAGUGCUCUGAGUGCGGGAAGAGCUUCACUUACUCCUCCCAGCUGGCUCUGCACCAGCGUAUCCACACAGGGGAGAAGCCACAUCAGUGCUCAGAGUGUGGGAAGAGCUUCACUCAGUCCUCCAACCUGCUUCAGCACCAACAUAUCCACACAGGGGAGAAGCCACAUCAGUGCUCAGAGUGUGGGAAGAGCUUCACUUACUCCUCCCAGCUGGCUCUGCAUGAGCGUAUCCACACAGGGGAGAAGCCACAUCAGUGCUCACAGUGUGGGAAAAGUUUCUCUCAGUCCGCUUACCUGGCUCAGCACCAGCGUAUCCACACAGGGGAGAAGCCACAUCAGUGCUCAGAGUGUGGGAAGAGCUUCACUCUCUAUUCCACCCUGGCUCAGCACAGACAUGUCCACACAGGGAAGAAGCCACAUCACUGCUCAGAAUGUGGGAAGAGCUUCACUUUCUCCUGCAGGCUGGCUCAGCACCAGCGUAUCCACACAGGGGAGAAGCCACAUCAGUGCUCAGAGUGUGGGAAAAGCUUCUCUCAGAUCUCCAGACUGGCUCUGCACCAGCGUAUCCACACGGGAGAGAAGCCAUAUCAGUGCUCAGAGUGUGGGAAGAGCUUCACUUACUCCUCCCACUUGGCUGAGCACCAGCGUAGCCACACAGGGGAGAAGCCGCAUCAGUGCUCAGAGUGUGGGAGGAGCUUCACUUACUCCUCCCAGCUGGCUCUGCACCAGCGUAUCCACACAGGGGAGAAGCCACAUCAGUGCUCAGAGUGUGGGAAGAGUUUCUCUCAGUCUGCCUACCUGGCUCAGCACCAGCGUAUCCACACAGGGGAGAAGCCACAUCAGUGCUCAGAGUGUGGGAAGAGUUUCUCUCAGUCCUCCAACCUGGCUCGGCACCAGCUUAUUCACAUGAGGGAGAAGCCAUAAUAGUGGUCAGAGUAGAAAGAGCUUCAUCUAAUCUUGCCAUCUGUCCCGUCAUCGGUGUAUUCACACAGAGGAGAAACCACAUCUGUGCUCCCAGAAUGGGAAGUGCUUCCUCCACUCGUCCAAACUGGCCCAGCGCCAGUGUAUCCCUAUGCAGGAGUGUCCAUAAUUCUGCCAGCAAUACAUAAAGGGUUCGGGGAUGUAUACCAGCUCAGCACCCACCAGUGUCUGCAUCCAGGGAUACAGUCUUAUUCCUGUAGACUGCAGCUACAGUUCCUCCUUUGUUCAGCCUUUCUAGGGCACUGCAAAACCCAAAAGGACACAGAGGCUGGCCUCCCAGGUUUGAUGCGGGUGAAUUGUUAAAAGGAAACACCUCAGUCAGAGGCCAGCACAGAUACUGGGGGAACCUGUGAGGAGAUUGUGGCAGAAUACCAUCGCCGUCUCUCCUGAAACUCUGCUAGGUGACAAAUUGGUUGCCAUGGUCACUGCAGAGGGCAGGCACCUCUGAUCCCAUCUGCGUCAGGUACCACUGAGUUGUAACCUGAGCUGGAUAGAUUUCUGAGGUUUGGGGAAACCUGCUCCCUCUGCCUAUGUGACUGGCAUCACAUACCUGGGUGGGGGGCUUAAGCUCCCUAUUGUUCCAAGGAAUGCCAAUGUGAUUGGGAGGGGGCUGGAGCCCCUGCCAGUCUACCUGGCAACCAGUGAUGCGUUUCAAAUAGCUUGGCUGGCAGCCAACAGUUGCUGGCCUUGGUUGGAUCAGUUAAAUGAGGUCAUAAGGUCUAUAUAAGUUAUGGAUUGCUCAGGAGGAGAGGCAGUAGCCAUGAUGAGAACUCAGAGAGAAGCUGGACCUUCUGAAACUCUCUCUCCUGAAACUCAUGAUCAGUGAACUGCUUUCCUUCAGAGGGAAUCUUCACCUUCCUCUUUUUAUUGAUACAUGUGAGUAAGCUACUUGAGAGCUACCUAGAUACAUAGCUUGCAGUAAUGCAGAUGUGUAAUCAAAGGUUACCAUGCCAGUCUUUGCUCUAUGAGAUUUGUUUGAUUUUGCUCUACACUGUACCCUGUUCCAAACCUACUCCUUGUAACCAAUUAAGUUCUCCUUAGUACCUAGCAUGGAAUACUUAUUCGGAGAGGGUCUAGAUUAUGCCUUGGGGUCCCAUUGUUUCAUUUGACAGAGGGAGACCACUAAUUACACUUCAAACUAAGGGAAGCACCCCAAGUUCUUGCAGUGGGUCAAGUACCACUCAAGAACUACUAGGCCUGUGUUUCCCAGGGCCAGGAUCAGGGCACAGGGCCAGGAUCAGUCCAGACCCUGGGUGGUGGUGCUGUUACCCCCAGGCUUGGAGGUAUGCUCCAGGAAUUUGGUGGGUGAGACCUGAGGCACCCCCAGGGAGGCACUCUGAACCUGGAGGGUGGUCAGGUGCAGUGAGGUGGGUGGCUCAGCACAGGAGCACCCCCUACUGGCCUGCCACAGAGAUGAUCUUUGCAUCAGCCUUGGAGUCUGUGCCACACCAUCAUUCUCUAAAAGCAGGCAGCAUUCCCAGGGGGAGAAGAAAUGUCAUUACAAUAGGUGACCUCCCCAAGACAGCUGGCUCCAAAUGAUACCGAGGGACUGUCUUUGGCCGACUAUCAGCUUCAACUUCCCUGCUGGCUCCAGAGCUCUUGUAUGUUAGGUUCUAGAGUUGCAGGAAGGAGGACAUUUAUUUCUGGGGAAGCAUUUCCUGCCUUCCACCCUGACCAUGCCUUUCCUCCUUACCACAUACCCCCCCUGCACAUGCCGGUCACGGUCUGCAAGAAACUGGUACUGCAACCGGAUGAGCCCAUUUUGGUUUUUUUUCUCAGCCCCUCAUCAGAAUUCAGCACCACCAGGUUCCAGCUGCUCUCCUUCCAACCAUCCUUUCCUUCACACCAUUCUCUGUAGCACCUUCCUUGGCAAUCAAGCCUCACAACUUAACGUGAUACCCUUGUGGUUGGUCUUUGUCCUCUCAAGAGCUGUGAAAUGCAAUAAUAAAGGUAAAGAGGUACAGCCUGUGACAGGAACUGCCUCUUCUGUGGAAGGGUUAGAAAAGAAUUAAGGCAUUGUCUGGGUGAAACGCAGCAUGUUGUAAUCUCCCUGUGGGAAUACUGAGACUUCCCUCCUUGUGCCAAAGCUGUUUGGCUCCGUGAGCGUCCUGUAGGAGCUACUCCACGAGGUCCUGGGGGUUAAAGUGGGCAAUAAGGUGACUAUGAGCCAGCAGUGUGCCCUUGUUGCCAAGAUGGCUAAGGACAUACCCAGCUGCACUGGUAGGUGUGUUGCUAGUAGGUCAAGAGAAGUGAUUCUUCCCCUCUGUUCAGUACUGUGGAGGCCACAUCUGGAGUUGUGUGUCCAGUUGUGGGCCCCCCACUACUGAAAGGAUGUGGACACAUUGGAGAGUCCAUCAGAGGGCACCAAAAAUGGUGAGGGGGCUUGGGAACUUUCAGGAGAGGCUGAAGGAACUGAGCUUAUUUCGUCCAGGGAAGUCUGAGGUGGGAUUGAAUAGCAGCCUUCAACUACCUGCAGGAGGGUUCAGAAGAGGAUGGAGCUGGGCUGUUCUCAGUAGUGGCAGAUGCCAGAGCAAGGAGCAAUGGGCUCAAGUUGCAGCAAAGGAAGUUUAGGUUUGAUAUUAGGAAGUGUUUUCUCACUAGGAGGGUAGUAAAAUACUGGAACAGGUUACUCAGAGAGGUGGUGGAAGCUUCAUCCUUGGAGGUUUUCAAAACCCGGAUAGACAAAGGUUUGACUGCAAUGAUUUAGUUGGAGAUGGCCCUGCUUUGAGCAGGGGGUUGGAUUAUAUGAGCUCCCGAGGUCCCUUCCAACCCUAAUUCUCUGUAAUUCUUUAGAGGAAUGCCUGUUCUAUACAUUUGGGAGUGUUGGUUAUAGCCCAGUUGGUCUUCUCUGCCAUACAUUUGCAUUUUCACAACCUGCAUUUUGCAUAUUGGCUUAAGUUCCCAUUCCACCCAGGACAGCCCACAAACACCAGCAUAAUCAUCCUGACUGAAGAAGGGUGUUUGUGCCCAAAAGCUUGUAAAGAACUAUUAUUCCAACAAUUUAGUUGAUCUAAUAAAAGAUAUCAAGUUUACCCAAAGAA